AUGGCCCGGAUGCGCCGCGCUCUCCAAGAAGAGUUGGAGCAGGAGCGCGAGGCCUGCAGCGGCGCUCGCUGCAGUAUCGAGAAGCUGCAGAGGAGGUACAAAGAUGCAUGCCAGCAAUGGGACCUAGCAACGGUGCAGGUGGAGCUGCACUGGCAACAGCUGCAAAGCAUCGAGGCCAGAAACGACGAGUUGACGGUGCUGGCGUCAGCCCUGGAAUCUGAGAAGGGAAGGCUGGAGCAGCAGUGCAAGGAGGCCUACCAGCAGCGAGACCAAGCAAGAGAAGAAGCGGGGCUGCAUCAUCAGCAUUGCCUCCAAGUUGUGACCGAAAACAAGAAGCUCAUGGAUUCUGUUGCAGCGCUGGAGACAGCAAAUGAACGGCUCGCGCAGCAGCUAAGCAAGCUCUCCAGCCAGCUGAGCGAGCUCUUGGAUGCUGAGAGAUCUGGAGCUCCAGCGUUGGCGGAGGAGUUGAGUGAGAGCGCGUGUGGGGCAUCGGAUGCCGAGAUUCUGAACCCGUCAUGCCUCAUUUUGCCCAGUCUGUUGCAGUACCUAACCGUGGAUGACCUUCUGGCGUGGCGCCUGACAUCCCGGCAGACCGCGAGCCCUAGGGUCUUGAUACAUCACGUGGAGGAAAUGGGUAGGCUCGAUAGGUCCGAGUCGAUUCUCGAUUUUUCUGACAAAUUGAGCCUUGCCGUUCGAGACCCUGAUGCCUUCGAUGCCGCUGGCCGUGAAGCUGACGCCGAGGAGGUGAAGUACUUUGAGUGUCGGUGGUGGUGCAUGUGUCUUGCGAAGGCAAAAUGGACCCACUUCGCAGAAAGUGAUGCCCGCCGCAUUGUCUUCGCAAACCUUCGAGACUUGCUGGGGCGCUGCUCGGACGUGGAUGAAUCCGUGAGGACAUCCGCGCACCACAUUGUCCACAACUAUGCGGCAGGUGGGCUGCAUUGUGUGCAGCAAGUGAUUGCGGAAGCCAUGCUUGGCCUAAUGGAGAACCUCCUGACAGAGUCCGCCGAAAUCAGCGAAGAGGCCUCCACGAAGGUACAGCAGUGCUCAGGCAAUCUUUCAUGUGUUUUGCGUGCACUGGAGAAGCCUCAGCGUCAGAAGUGGGUGUCACUGCUGGUCAGAGUCCUACUUGGUCAGACAUCAUGUCCAAAGUGGUUGAUCAACGACCUGAAGCUCCUUUGGCGAGCUGAUGACGAUCCUGGACGAAGCUACGCAGAAGCAGAGCAGCAGCUCACGCUGUUGUUAAAGAACGCCAGUGCAGACACGCGCUCCGAUCUUUCUGACGUCCUAUAUUGCUGA